AUGCCAUUGCCCUCAGCAUCUGCAGUACCAUCAAACCUGUUUAUACAUCCAAGCAGACUAGCUAACUUCCACGCCGGCAAUUCCUCAAACGAAGCUACAACCAGUGCAUCAUCUGAAACUAAGAUCUGCAAUGCUCAACGUCCAGUGAACAGCGGUGUCAACUGUGUUCCUCUCCGACCGACCGUACGAAAACGUAGAGUACCAGUCUGGAAUCUCCCUCUCAGACCCCUGAGUAAGACAGCUCGUAGGAAGAAGAAAGCGGAAGACAAGAAGAAGGCGAAGUUUUACGGUAAUUUCAGUAGUGCUCCUGCUGGAUCAGCAUCUGCGUUUGAGGUUGAGCCUGAAGGGCGACCGAGGAAACUAAGAUCUGCGAUAGUAGCGGAAGGAGUCAUCAAGGACCAUCUGGAAAGGGAUCCAAACGGUACUGGUCCAAUUAAUGAAGAAGUUCCCAUUCAAGAGCAACGCAGGAUCGAUACCCUAGAAGCCAGCAUACAAUAUAGAGAACAGAGACCGAGCAGGAGAAGUUCUGCGAUCACAGCAGAACAGGUUAUCAGAGAAGACGCGGAAAACCACCUACAACACUCAACUGGGCACGACCAUCAUCUCAAUAUCCGAUUUAUUCGCGCGGUAAAAAGUCAGGCUCAUCCAGCCGAUGGAUCUCAGUACCGCAAUACCGUAACAGCCCGGAAUACAGAAAAGGAGCAGAAUCAGAAGAAGAAAAAGAAAGAUAAGGGUAAAAGGAAACAAGAAGAUACGGAAUCAAGGACCCAGAGGAAGGACAGGAAGAGAAAGAAGCAGAAGGAUAAGCAGAAGCGAGGCAAAGAUAGCAUUGAGUUAGGAUCAGUUCUGAAUGAUCUCGAGGAGAUGGCCAUGAACCAAGUCAAUCAUUCGUUAUUGUCUGGAUCGAAUGUUCAGAAUGCAAUUACGAUAGAAUCAUCAUCACCUGCGAUAGCAUCAACCUUAGAACCACACGUGUCAGCCACCUCGAUGGAAGAAGAAGCGGAAAGGAUAGAAUAUGGACCUCGACCACCCAGAGCGACCAUUCCUCGGGAAUCAACUCCAGAAACUGUUGAAGAGGCUGCCAACAACCCUCAGCAGGCUGAAACUGGACCAUCGAGACCCCGAAUUUACCAUGUCCGAUACCCUGUAGGCGGGAUAUCAUACGAAGAUGACGGGGAUGGUAUUUUCGUUGAUCCUGAAACGGAAACUCCCCUGUACAUAUGGAUUGAUCCCGCUUUGAACGACAGAUCAAGCUUGAUCAAGAAGAUACAGGCUGAAGGCGGCGAGAUAUCUCCGGAUCACACUGAAGACGAGACUUCCCUGCUGCUUCUAGACCCAAGUAGUAUCUACCUGUUUGAUGCAUAUUGCCAUUCGCACUGGCUACGACCUCGUGAUCUAGAGAGAUACCAACAGAGGCGAGAACGUCGAGGAAAUCAGAGGGAAGAAGAACCAUGGCAGAAGAAGGUCAUCUUGAAAGCUUGGUGGAUAGAUAAAUGCAUUGAGGCUGGGAAGUUCCUUGGUUUAGCGGACGAUUGGGGUGGAUGUAGAGCUGGUGGACCACCUCCUGAGGUACAGAUCAGUACUGAAGAACCCGGUGAAGAGGAGGAUGGAGGACAGGAAGAUGAGGAGAAUUGGCAAGAUGAGAACGAUGAGAAUCAUGAAGACAAUGAGAAUGAUAGCAUAACGCAGGGUCAAGCACAGGAGAUAGAAGUCGGAACUGUUCCGGAAGAGAUCGAUGCGAUAGAAGUGGACGGUGAUCAACAAGAUACUCAAGCAGAUGAGAUUCAGCCUAUCGAAGCUGAUCACAGUAAUGGUUUGGAACUAGAAGCAGAUCAGAACGACGAUGUACUUAUGGAAGAUGACCAGGAUAUCAACCCAGUUGAUCGGGCUUCUGCGUCAGACACCGUAGCUGACUCACCAACAGCUGCUACGCACGUGCCAGCUGAAGUGAUUCCUCAAAAUCCCGGUUCUCCAGUGCAUAUCGCAUCCGACAACCACGUCAAUAACGAUCUGAUUGAGCAUGCUUCGCCGGCGCCGGAACACGAAGUUCGUGCGGGCGCUCUGUCGGAUCGAUCACCGGAAGGAGAAGAUGUUCAGAUGGAAGAAGAACAAGCGCAAGAAUCCUCCGACCCGGCGUCCAUGUUUUCAGAAUUGAAAUUUUGGGUGGAUACCACCUAUCCUGAUCGAAUAACCCUAAUCAAACGUAUCAAAGCAGCAGGCGGAGAGUUGGUCACCUCAUACUCGGAUUCCACCCAUGUCCUCAUACAUAACUAUAAACAUAGUCAAUGGCAUUCCAUUGUCGAGAGUCUCACGAAACAGGGUAUAUGGUUUCUCAACUUUGCAUGGCUCACCAGGACUUUGAGCCAGAGUCGAAAGCUGCCAGAAAGUGAAUUCGCCGUUGUACAUGGUAAUCCGAUCGAAGCGAAUCAAGAUAAGAAACCCAUCACUCACUCCCGGCCGACUGCGACCAACGAACCUUUACUGGCUUCAGAGGAUCUGGAUGAGAUUUUCAAGAGAGAAGUGAAGAUGCUGAAGAAAGGUGGUACCGUAAAAGCGUUAAUCGCUUUCCUUCUUUCAAAGUACGCUACAUAUUCCGAGGCACAUUGGGGAAAUCUUUAUCACGAUUGGAAGCAUAAGAAAGGACGGUUCGCAUACCUUGCCGCGACCGUACCGGUCAACAAAAGCGGUUCAGACAAGUCGUCUCGCAGUCCUUCAGUUACAAUCAAAGCUACGCCAGCGAAGAUAAAAUCUAAUCAACCUGCACUCUCAACCGAUCAGAUUGCGAGAAUCCUUAUCUCGGAGACCCCCAAUCGUACCGGUAUGAACGUCACGGAAUUUAGUGUAUAUCUGAACCAAAAGUAUCCGGAAUACCCUGCAAGUACCUGGAGCGCCCUUAUAUCCAACUGGUCCAAGCGAACUGGACGUUUUGCCAAUUUCCAAUAUUCUCAACUCUCGUCAAUUACCGCAACUAAGCCGACUCCAUCUGCCGGGUCCAACACUGUCUUGCCUCAAGCCACAUCACAAAGUUCCACAGCUCCGAGUGACUUCAGUAACGAAGACUAUCAGCGGAUUUUCUCGAUGGAUGUGAAGGAUGCAAGCUCAAAAUCACUGACAGCGAUCGGCAAGGAGCUGGCCGCCAAGCACGGAAAGCUUCAUGCCACAACAUGGACUGUAUUGUACUCUGAAUGGAGUAGGAAGACUGGCCAAUUCAGGAACUCUGGCAAUGCUGUUGUAUCAUCUGAGCCAGCUGUACCGCCUGCCGAUAUACGAGGAUCAUCGAUUUCGGUGUGUACGAAACCUAGUAUCAGCUCUCCUACAAAGGCUACUGCACUACCUGUGCCGGACGAUGAGGAAGACGAUCCCCAUGGGUCUUUAGCUACUCAAGAGAUAGCUCGGAUAUUCAAGGCAAGGGAAGAAGAAUUUACUCAGCGGAAACUGACUUCAAUAGAGAUUGGAUUGACAUUGUACACCGAGGAGGGCAUUUAUCCUCGAACGACUUGGCUCAAGCACUGGAGGCACUGGCGAAGAAAUAAAAAACAGUUUUCUAACCAUCCCCCCGAUCUGCAAAGCACGGUAGCCGCGAAAGGGUAUGCAGAUGCGUCUACUCAUCAUGAUGCCCAGCCCUCGUCAAGUGCAGUCGAUGCACCUGCCUUGAAACAGAGCUCUUUUUCCUCGUCACCCAAAAAACGAACUCAGUCGAGUAAUGCUAAGAGUGGCAGAUACGACAUGGAGGAGGAGAAGGCUAUGUCACAGUAUAUCUCGGGCUAUAAAGGUUCACAUCCCAAGACUUCUGCUCAAGCUUGGACUUUGUUCGCCAGUAUUCGACCUGGUCGGACAGCAUCAGCAUACGCUCAACAUUACACAGCAUAUGCUUUUCGUAUUGACAGUUUCGCGCCCAAACACCGAGCUGCAGAUAAAGAAGAGGAUGACAAUACGGUAUUAGGGAUCGAUGUUGAUGAUCUAAUUGAACCGCCUAAUGGAAGUCAAUCUCGACCUGUUGAGAUCGAGGAUGAUGAGGACGAACAGAAUCCUAUAGUCGUGGUCUACGAUGAUCAAGAUGAUACGGAUUGCAUUGAAGUUGCCUCUAUAGACGAUUAA